AUGUCUGAACCCACAGACCCAUCUGAUUCCGUGAAGGUUUCCCGGUUCACCUAUCGACAAUUACAAGGGCUGCGACACGGAUCUACGGCCACGCCUCUGCGCGUGGUUGCGCACAUCGACCUCGAUGCCUUCUAUGCACAAUGUGAGAUGGUCCGCUUGGGCACCCCACGAGAAACCCCUCUAGCCGUGCGCCAAUGGGAUUCAUUGAUUGCCAUCAACUACGCCGCGCGCCCUUUCGGAAUCAGUCGAUUGAUCAAUGUGACUGAGGCCAGGAAACUGUGCCCAGACUUGGUCCUACAACAUGUUGCCACCUUUCGAGAGGGCGAAGGAGGGAGAUGGGCAUACAGGGAUGAUUCGUUUCGCAAUAUCAGCACGGACAAAGUGUCCCUGGAUCCGUACCGAGCGCAGUCGCGAAAGAUCCUCCAGACAAUGAAAGAGGCCCUGGCGGCAUGGGGUGUUGAUGAAACCGAAAACGAAAACGAACGCCCGAAACAAGAACUUGCUGCUGGGCUGGAAAAAGCAAGUAUUGACGAAGUCUUCAUUGAUUUGUCUCCUUUAAUAUACAAGACGCUUCUUCAGAGGUACCCUGAGCUUCAAUCAGGCACCCAAGACGAGAAUCGCGAUGCCGAUCUGCCCAUCCCCCCGACCACGGCGUUGCAGUGGGACACCGAUUGCUUGAUAGACCUUGAUAAGCAUGAAACAGAGGAAGACGACCCGGAUUGGGAUGAUGUUGUGAUGUUGAUUGGAUCUGAGAUUGUCCGCUCGGUUCGGAAUGCUGUUUGGGACAAGCUCAGCUACACUUGUUCUGCCGGCCUGGGCCGUAACAAAAUGAUUGCUAAACUGGGAAGCUCUUGUAACAAGCCCAAUCUGCAAACCGUGGUGCGGAACCGCGCGGUGCAGAACUUCCUGGGUGGAUACAAAUUCACCCAGAUUAGAAUGCUGGGUGGGAAACUUGGGGACCAAAUCACCAGCUCAUUUGGGACCGAAAAAGUCAGCGAGCUUCUCAACGUGUCACUCGAACAACUACGAACAAAGCUAGAUGAUCACACAGCUUCCUGGCUCUAUGGGAUCAUCCGUGGGGACGACCGCAGCGAAGUCAACCCCCGGACCCAAAUAAAAUCCAUGUUAUCAGCCAAGUCCUUCAGGCCAAGCAUCAACUCGCUAGACCAAGCGGACAAGUGGCUUCACAUUUUCGCCGCUGAUAUCUAUGGCCGGCUUGUGGAGGAUGGCGUACUUGAAAAUAGACGCCGCCCUAGAGUGAUAACGCUGCACCAUCGAACAGCUCAAUUCCGCUCUCGACAAAUUCCAAUUCCGAAAUCGAACACAAUUGACGAAGAGCUGCUCUACGAUCUGGCCAAAACACUACUUCGUCAGAUAGUGGCCGAUGGUCAAGCAUGGCCAUGUUCUAAUCUUUCGCUGAGCGUGUCAAGCUUUGAAGAUGGCGUGAGUAACAACAAGGCCAUUGAGGGCUUUCUUGUCCGUGGUGAUCAAGCAAAAGCUCUCAGUCAUGUUGCAAGGCCUCGCGCAACUGAAGAUGUCAUCAAUGAGCAGCCCCCAGCCGAUAAGAAAAGGAGGCUGGAUGGAGGCAGAAUCAAGCAGUUCUUUGGGAAUCAUUCUGAAGAUUCAGUCGGGGAGCCGCAGGGAGUUCCUCAGCAGCCUGUCACAGACUCGGAAGAAGUCACCAUCCCUAAGUACACAUGCCCACGAUGCUCGACAUUGGUGUCCGAGUACGAAAAAGAGGAACACGACGAUUGGCACUUUGCCAAAGACCUUGCGCAACAAGACCGCGAAGAGUCACGAGCUUCUCAACCGUUACCGCCCCCCAAGAGCAACCCCCGAGGCGCAGCAGCCCGUGGACGAGGCGGCCGGGGUGGCAGUGCUCGGGGCAAACCUGAGAAAGGACAGAUGCGACUUGCUUUUCAAUGA